GCGCUCGGGGUCGGGGACCGCUGCAGAGUAACCAACGCCAUGGCUGGGAGCUGAGGAUGAUGAUGCACCGGCCGGCCGCUCUGGCCUGGUAAUGUAUUUCUGACUGUCGGUGGAUUAUUCUGAUACUGAUGGAUAUGCAGAACAGAACAGAACCUGCCAGAGAAUCUGCCCAUUAUUUUUUAACAUUUCUUCAUUAUUAACGAAAUCUCUGAUUUUAAUUCAGCACAUUAAAGUUUUUGAAAUGAAAUGACAAUGAUCCCAAACACACUGCCAUUGCAGUAAAAAGAGACCGGGAUAGAAAACACUACCAGUCAUGGAUUGGCCUCCCAGGAGCUCGGACCUCAACAUUAUUGAAGCAGUGUGGGAUCAUGUAAACAGAGAACCCAACAAAAGGCAGCCAACAUCCAAAGAAGAGCUUUGAAUGUCCUUCAAAAAGCCUGGAGUACUAUUCCUGAAGAUUAAUUAAAGAAAUGACAAGAAAACUGACCAAGACAGUUCCGACUGUGUUGAAGAAUAAAGGUGGUGAUAGCAAAUACUGACUUUCAGAUUCGUUGGAACUGUACAAACUAUGUUUUUGUCUUAUAUGCUGUAUUUCUGUGUAAGGGUCAAGAGUUUUGGACAACACUGUGACUGCCAUCCGUUUCAGUCGUUUUAAUUAUCAGGCGAGAUCGACAGAGCAUUUUCUCAGUAGGUUGAUUGCGGUUUAAACUAUACACCGUGAACGCGUCUUGCGCUCUACGUGCCUGCAAUCUCCGCCUUGCUAGCAAGAGAGAGAGGCGGACCAGUUAGGAGUCGGAGUUGAAACACUUUAGCUUUUUAACUCUGCCCAAAGCGGUGGAAAACCAGAGUGAAGUGCAGACAUGCGGGUGGCAGUGAUUGGGGCAGGAGUGAUUGGCCUGUCAACAGCUCAGAGCAUCUAUGAGCACUAUCACUCUAUUGUCAGUCCGCUGACCAUCGAGGUGUAUGCAGACAAGUUCACUCCACUGACCACUAGUGAUGGAGCAGCGGGCUUCUGGCAGCCUUAUCUGUAUGAUAAGGGCAACGUUCAGGAGACAAAAUGGAAUAAAGAGACAUUCGACUACUUGCUCAGCUUUCUCAAGUCACCUGAGUCCAUAAAAAUGGGAAUAUUCCUUGAGUCUGGCUACAACCUUUGCAGUGAACCCGCACCAGAUCCCUCGUUUAAGGACAGCGUUCUCGGCUUCAGGCAGCUCACAGAGCGAGAGCUGCAGAUUUUUCCUGGAUACAAGUAUGGGUGGUUCAACACUGCUCUCAUGGUAGAGGGUAAAACAUACUUACCUUGGCUUAUGGAGUGGUUGCGAAAAAGGGGAGUGAAAUUUUAUCACAGGAAAAUAAAGUCCUUCAAGGAGCUGGCUGAAACCGGAGCAGAUGUGAUCAUAAACUGCAGUGGGAUGUGGUCAGGCCAACUGCAGCCAGAUCCAGACCUGAAACCAGGCCGUGGCCAGAUAUUGAAGGUCGAUGCUCCCUGGCUGAAGCACUGGAUUAUUACCCACGAUUUCACCAAAGGAACAUACAAUUCACCAUAUAUCAUUCCAGGAAGUCGUCUUGUGACGGUUGGUGGCGUUUUCCAGUUGGGAAACUGGAGUGAACAGAAUAGCUCUGUCGACCAUAAAGAAAUCUGGGAAAAAGCUUGUCAGCUUGAGCCUAGUCUCAAGCAUGCCAGGAUAGUUGACGACUGGUCUGGCCUCAGGCCAGUUCGCAGCAAAGUCCGACUGGAGAGGGAAGCCAUAUGGUCUGGUGAAACCCCCAUAGAGGUGAUACACAACUAUGGCCACGGAGGUUUCGGACUCACCAUUCACCGAGGCUGUGCCGAGGAAGCGGCGAGGCUCUUUGGUCAGAUCGUGGAACAAAAAGGCAAAGGUCCAAAAGCUCGCUUGUGAAUUGGUGUGCAGAAGUAACGAUUGAUGCUCUUUUUUUUCCAAAUGUCAGCAUCAGUGCACAUAUUGCUCCUAGCCUCCACUAAUUUAAUAUUAAACAUCAUUUUCAAACAAUCUCAUGCACCUGCAAAGUUAAGGACAAGGCCACCAUUGUUAAUUAAACAAUGGCACAUAUGUAAGACAAUCAUGCUGAAAUCUAUUUGAGAUUUGGAUAAUUUGAGAAGCACUUUUUAUGUAUAAAUUGUACAUAUUUUUGUGAAUUUAUAGUGCACUAAAUGCAAGAUUUGCAACGAAUU